AUGUCGAAUAAGUAAUUUGUGUCUAUUUCACGAUAAUCUGUGAUAGUGUGUUGCAACGACCUAUGAAUGACUACUGCUGCUCCAUAACUAGGCCAUUUGGUCCCUAGGUAUUUACCAAGUGUGUUGAAAUAAGUAUCACAGAGUACCAUUAGUACCACGUAGUGUCUUUAAAUACCAAGUAAGGAGCAGCUCAGACACACCUGGAAAAUAAAGUGUCUGGGUGGCUGAUUUGAAUGCCUAACUUGAUUAAUUUUGGUGUUUCCUCUGUGCCAAUACAAACACUCUCUCUCUCUCUCUCUCUCUCUCUCUCUCUCUCUCUCUCUCUCUCUCUCUGACUCUCUCUCUCCUUCCCUCUCCUUCUCCCUCCCUGCAUCUAGGCUUAGUGUGUUUGCCAAGCUGUAUGACAACAUCAAGGGUGAUAGGAACAAGUGUGUGAACCUGAUCCAGAUGGCCUCCCAGAGAACGGCUGAGAUGAGGGAGAAGUUCAAGAUCCUGGAAAACGAGAUUGAGAUCCUCAGAACCAACGCCAUCAACAAAGACAAGUGAGAGAGAUAGGGAGUACAUCCCAUCCUCAAAACAACAUUCAGACGUUCACCACCCUGUUCUGAUGUAAGAUUAUGAACAUCCUGCGCGCGUGUCUGUCUGCGUUCCACAGGCUGCUCCAGAAGUCCCGUCUAAAGCACUUCCACAGCCACACCGUCAGAGACAGCCUGAGGAACGACAUCUCCAAG